CCACAAGAACUAGCAGAAAGUAUCACAAAAUGGCAGCUAUAAUUCCACAUUCACCUUUUCUCCUACUACUCUUCUCCCUCCUUGCCAUCUUCUUUGUCAUUCCCAUUCAAUCCCAAGUCCCAGCAAACCAGACGUUCAAGUUCAUCAACCAAGGCGAAUUUGAAGACGGAAUCGUUGAAUACCAUUCUACUUACCGUGUGAUCCAAACCAAUGCAUACACCUUCUAUAGAUACCCUUUCAGGCUAUGCUUCUACAACACCACCCCAGAUUCCUACGUAUUCGCCAUUAGAGUCGGAGUUCCAAACGACUUAGGCCUCAUGCGGUGGGUCUGGGACGCAAACCGGAACCACCCAGUGCACGAGAAGGCCACUCUCUCUUUCGGCAGAGACGGAAACUUGGUCCUCGGAGAGGCAGAUGGGACUGUUGUUUGGCAAACAAACACAGCCAACAAAGGUGUCACAGGCAUCAAGUUACUGGGAAACGGUAACUUGGUUCUUCAUGACAAGAAUGGAAGAUUCAUAUGGCAGAGCUUUGAUUACCCUACUGAUACUCUUCUGCUGGGGCAGUCAGUCAAAACUAAUGGCCGUAACAAGCUUGUUAGUCGAAAAUCUGAUGCCGAUGGCUCUGACGGGCCAUACAGCCUUGUUCUUGACCACAAAGGUUUCACUAUGUACUUGAACAACAGUGGAAAACUUCUUGUGUAUGGGGGGUGGACAGGCAGCGACUAUGGAAGUAUCGUGACCUUUGAUCUCGACCUUGCGAAUGGCUUCGAUGAUUCCAUUUAUUAUGAGCUAGUGCUCGCUGUAAACCAAGACGUUAAUGUGCCGCCUCCUCCACCACAAAGCCAUAGGCACCUCCUACAAGUCCGUCCCAUUGGCAGUGGACAACGAAUCAACCUUAACAAACUCAACUACAAUGCUACAUACUCAUUGUUAAGGCUUGGGUCCGAUGGCAGUCUCAAGGCCUAUACUUACUAUGACAAAGUGAGUUCCAAUACAUGGGAAGAGAGCUUCUCAUUCUUUUCAAGCUAUUUCGUUAGAGAAUGUGCAUUGCCAUCAAAAUGUGGGUCAUAUGGGUAUUGUAGUAGGGGCAUGUGUGUGGGGUGCCCUACCCCGAAAGGGCUUCUGGGUUGGAGCAAGGGCUGUACACCUCCAAAGUUGGGGCAGUGUAAGAGUGGAGCUAAAGUGGACUACUACAAGAUUGGGAGCGUUGAGCACUUUUUGAGUCCUUAUUUGGACGGUGGAGAUGGCCCGAUGAAGGUCGGAGAGUGCAGGGCCAAGUGUGAUAAGGACUGCAAGUGUUUAGGGUUCUUUUACAGGGAAGAUAGCUCCAAGUGUUUGUUGGCUCCAGUGCUUGGGACUCUCAUAAAGGAAGUGAAUACUUCUGUCGGUUACAUCAAGUAUUCAAAGUAGAAAUUUGAUUACUUUAGUGUGUGGUUUCCUUUCUAUUCUUAGUAUGUUGUUUUAUGGAUGGCUAGACUGAAUUUCAAUUCAAAGGACUUGUUUGUUAUCAUGGCA